GACAGACUGGCCUCCGCUCCCAGCGCUCCCUGUCCCCGCCCAGCGGCCGGCUCGCUCCACUCCCACUUCCUGAGCCCGGCGCUGGAGCCCUGGAGGCCAGGCCCGGCCGCUCCGGCCCCCGGGGGGCACGUCAGCCCAGCAGCUGGGCUCGGGAAGUCGCCGCCAUCGCUGCUUAGGACAUCGGGGCUUCCCACCCUCCUCCCAGAUCUCCACCCAUCUGCUCACCCUGCCGGCCCAAAGGGCGGCCAUGCGCCCGCCUCGGGCUGCCUCUCCCUCCGGCCUGGCCUGGGGGCCACUCCUGCUGGGCCUCUACUAUGGGCUCCUGGCUGCAUCCCAUCCCCAGCCGGCCCCCCCAUACCACUCUGAGAACCACAUGUGCUCGGACCAGGAAAAGGAGUACUACGAGCCCAAGCAUCAGGUCUGCUGCUCCCGGUGUCCCCCAGGCACAUUCGUCACAGCUGAAUGCAACCGCAGCCAGAACACGGUUUGUACUACAUGUGCUGAAAAUUCCUACAAUGAGCACUGGAACCACCUGCCCAUCUGCCAGCUAUGCCGGCCUUGUGACUCAGUGCUGGGCUUCCAGGAGGUUGCACCUUGCACCAGCACUCGCAAGACGGAGUGCCGCUGCCAGCCAGGAAUGUUCUGCAUCCACCGCGACCCGGAGUGUGUGCACUGUGAGCCGCUCUCAGAGUGUCCCCCUGGCACUGAAGUCGAGCUUAAAGAUGAAGAUAGGGAGUCUGACAACACCUGCAUUCCCUGCAAGGCAGGACACUUCCAGAACACCUCCUCCUCCAGUGCCCGCUGCCAGCCCCACACCAGGUGUGAGGACCAGGGCUUGGUGGAGGUGGCUGCAGGCACUGCCCAAUCUGACACAGGCUGCAAAAGCCCACCAGAACCACUGCCCCCUGAGAUGCCAGGAACGAUGCUGGUGCUGGCCAUUCUGCUGCCCCUGGUCUCCUUUCUGCUCCUCACCACUCUCAUCGCCUGCACCUGGAAGAGCCACUCCUCUCUCUGCAGAAAGCUGGGAUCACUGCUCAAGAGGCGUCCAGAGGGAGAGGAGUCCUCCUCCUGCCCCCUUCCAAGACCAAUCCCUGACUUGGUAAAGCCACUUCUGCCCAUCUCUGGAGAUUUGUCCCCAGGCCCCGCCAGACCCCCCGGAUCCCCACCUUUGGAGGAAGUGGUGCUGCAACAGCAGUGUCCUCUGGUCCAGGCCAGCGGGGCGGACGCUGAGCUGGGGGAGCAGGGCCAGGUGGCCCACGGUGCCAAUGGCAUUCAUGUCACCGGGGGCUCUGUGACUGUUACUGGCAACAUCUACAUCUACAAUGGGCCGGUACUGGGGGGAGCACGGGGCCCUGGAGACCCUCCAGCUCCUCCUGAGCCUCCAUACCCGACUCCUGAAGAGGGCGUGCAUGGGCCUUCUCAGCUCUCUAGGCCCUACCAGGAAGAUGGCAAAGCUUGGCACCUGGCCGAGACAGAGCACUGGGGUGCUACGCCCUCUGACGGGCCCAGGAGCCAGUUCGUCACCCAUGCCUGGUGAUGGCUGAGAGACAGAAGAAGAGGGGCUGAGAGCCCACAGGAUUCACCAGCAGCCUGGGCAGGCCUCUGUAGGCACGGCCCUAAGGUACCAGGCCUCAGAUACUUCUUAAGAGAGUGGGCUGAGCCCCAGCUGGGGACAGUGCCCCCACAGGACUCUCACCGCUGCCUGGGCGAGCCUGCCACGUUGGUGUAGACCCACUGCCUGCAGGGGCUGUACCCGCUCAGCCUUGGGCACAGACCGGGCCUGUGAUGCUAACCGCUGCCGACCGUGGCACUCACACCCCAAGCAUGGACUAACGGAAGCUCAGUGGUCACACGGUGGGUCACCUACAAGGACAUCCUCAGGAUCUCUGGAGGACUUAUGGUGCUCAGCCCCAAGCUUCAGAGGCCCGAGGUGGACCCUGGAUGCAGAUGAAGUUAUGUGGAGGAUAACCCAACCCUCACCUCCUGGAGGAGGGAAGACAGAGUCGGUCAAAACCUGGGUUUGGGCAGGGCUGUAGUAGGGGGAAGAGUGGGAAUGGAGGGAAAUGACAGGUAUAUUUAUAAAUUGUAACCACAUGUAAAUAAAGAGGAGGCGAUUGAGACCCA